AUGCAUCGUCCACGGCUCCUGGGCCAGGGCCUGAAAGGGCUCGCCCGCGCCCACUCCAGCCGCCGCACCUACAUCACCGAUGCCGACGUCGAAUCCGCACGGCGAUACUGCUUGACACAGCUCCACGACUACGAUGCGCACCUCAUCCGCCGCUUCGUCCCCCACCCCGUCCAAGACGCCUACGCCGCCCUCCGAACCCUCAAUCUAGAGCUCGUCCGUCUCCCCGAGCUCGUCUCUAACCCCACGAUUGGGGCCCUGCGCAUGAAGUUCUGGCAGGACUCCCUCGACAAGACCUUCGCGGGCCGUCCCCCCCGCGAGCCCAUCUGCAUCCUCCUACACAAGGCCCUGCAGGACCUCGAGACCCGCGCCGGCAGCUCAACCAAAAAGUCCAUCAAGUUCUGGGUCUCGCGACUCGUCAAGACAAGGGAGAAGCACAUGACCAAUCGGCCACAUGCGAGCCUGACCAGUCUGGAAGAGUACGCCGAGAAUACAUACUCGACAUUGAUGUAUGCGACCUUAGCGUCCCUGCCACUGCGAUCAAUGAAUGUCGAUCAUUUAGCGAGCCACAUUGGGAAGGCAUGUGGUAUCGUGGCAGUGUUACGAGGAAUCCCCGUCCUUGCAGCACCACCUCCCCCGGUACAAACACCACAUGGACCAGAAGCUCCCGUCCGUGAGCCAGCGCUUCUGCUUCCCUUGGACGCCAUGGCUGAGGCGGGAGUCAAGGAGGAGGACGUCUUUCGGCAGGGUCCCAAUGCCCCUGGCCUGCAAGACGCCGUCUUCAAGAUUGCGACGAGAGCAAACGAUCACCUCAUCACGGCGAGGGAGAUGUUGAAGCGGCUCAAGGCGGGAGAAGACCCGGGCCAUGAAUUCGAGCACCAGGGAGAGGGCGAGCACUUUUACGACGAUGAGGGCAGCAAUACCCUGAAAGAGAUCCACCAUGGCUUUGGUGUGUUGCUGGAGGCAGUCCCGGCCCAGCAGUAUUUGGAUCGGUUGGAACAGGCUGACUUUGACCCAUUUGCGCUCGCGCGACACCGCAGCUUGCCUUCGAGACGUAUCCCCAUUCUCCCCGUAGAUGUCGUCGCAAAGAUGCUCUACGAACUCAUUGCAAUUGUCCGUCCGGGCAACCUCGGAGAGGUGAAGGAAAUCGCCCAGACCGUCGGCUCCCUUGUCCUCAAGAAUGGCGGCGUCGUGCGCGGCCUCGCCAACUGGGGCGUCUUCUCUCUACCCAAGCCCAUCUCGGUGCAUCAGAUGAAGCACACCCACGGCCACUACUUCGUCAUGCGAUACGACUCAUCGACCAAGGUGCACACGGACAUUCGAAACACCCUCCGCCUCGAGCCCCGCAUGAUCCGCUCCGCCCACGUCAAGCUCGGCGACGGCAAGCUCGACACCCUCGCCCGCUUCGGCCCCCCCAAGUGGAAGACUCAGGGACGGGAGGCGUGAGGAGGUGGUAAUGAGAUGGAUGACCAACGCUCAGGAUCGAAUUUUCAAGGGAUACAGCUGGAGACAAAAGGAGGCGGGGUGGAUUGUAGGAUACCCGAGGGAAACAAUGAGAAGAACAGGGACGAAGGGCCAUGUAUAUCCAUGGCCUCAAGCUCAGGCGUCAUAAGAAGAUGACGUCGUGUACAAAAUGCAUGCUGCUGGUGGGACGGCAGUCACGGUUGUAUGAAGUAUUAUAGAGCCUCGAAUCUCUGCAUUGCAUUUUACCUGCUACGUCCGUAACAGCGAUCGACUAAAAAGACUAAAGACGCAAAGACCUCAGGUGAAACUAAGAGAAAAAUCCGAGUUCAAAAGUGGUAUUGUCAUC